AGUUUCACUUCUACUUUCAACUGGUGUAGGUGUAGGUGAAUAAAUUGCCGAGUUGUUCUUUUGUUUUGUUAUUUCAAUCUGUCCAAACUCUCCUGUCAGUGUUGAAAGAACCAAAGCUUGCGGUUGUGUAAAAAACCUGUGCACCGCUCAUUAUUCCCAGCCUAUUGCGAUUUCAAUGCCAAAGUACACAAGUCAAGUGCAACAUUGAUCUGCAUACAACAAUAAUAAACAUAAGUCUGGGCGCGUAAAUGAAGUAAAGUACAGCAAAAAAAAAACAGUGUACAUACAUCGCAUGUGAUGUCGAAUGCGAUUUAAUUAGCUGCACUUAUCUCGGCAAGCCAUGGUGGCAUUAUCAUGUAAAGAAAAAAAAGAAGCAAUUUGAAUAAAAUAAUUGGGAAAAUAUCCGCACAGUAAGUGAAUAAUUGUUCGUAGAGGUUUCUCUUCCACUCGGUAUCUGUGCCAUUGUACGUGUUUAUGUCGGUAUCGAUUGACUGGAAGGAUACAGGCAGAAAGUGAUAAUUUACUCUUUGGAAACAACAGAAGGCAGAUAGAAGCCAAACAACAAAAAAUGUCAGCUGACUCCGAGCUGUCCUCCGUCCUGAACCGCCGCCAGCAGAUAAACGACGCCCUGGAGAAUGGUGUAGAGGUGAAGCACACGUACCGUGUCGUUAACAUCUACACUGAGUUCCACGAGUUCUCACGGAAGGAAAUAAAAGAAUACCAGGCGACCUUCUCAAAAUACGACGUUGGAAAGGAUGGUUUCCUCGAUCUGGCUGAGCUUAAGAUCAUGAUGGAGAAGCUCGGUGCACCACAAACCCACCUUGGUCUGAAAGGAAUGAUCGCUGAAGUAGACGAGGACAAAGACGGCAAGAUUUCAUUCCGAGAGUUUCUGCUGAUUUACAGAAAAGCGCGAGCUGGCGAACUGGUUUCGGACUCCGGACUCGGUCAGCUGGCUAGACUCACAGAAAUCAAUGUCGACGAAGUCGGUGUGAACGGAGCCAAGAACUUUUUCGAGGCCAAAAUUGAACAGCAAUUGAGAACGAACAAAUUUCACGAUGAAAUCAGACAAGAGCAGGAAGAAAAACGACGCAUGGAGGAGGAACGCAUUCUUCGACGACAGCAGUUCCAGCAGCGCGCAGCCGUGUUUCAGUAGAGAGUGCUAUUUUUUGCGCAACUUCAGCCCGACGCAAGUGAACAAAAAAAAAUGACGAUCCAAGUUCACAGCGACUGGAUAAUUGACAAAGUAAACAAAAAGUUUCUGUAAAUGUGUAAAUGUUAUCGGUUCUUUAGAAUAGAUUUUAAUUAUUUUAGCAAGUAUUUGCAACUACAAUGUUCAAUGUUUGAGAAAUAGACGAAAAGUAUGUGUCAUUUUAAGUUAAUGAAUUUUAUCCAACAAAUGGAAAACAAAAAAAAAAACGGGAUUUGAAAAGUGCAUGUGAUAAAGGCUAAAUCAAAGAAAGCAGGUAAUUCCACAAUUGUAAACAGUAAAAUAGAAGAACAUCGAGAGUAAACGAAUGGCCAUAUUGUUGCUUCUUUUCAUGACUAAAGGAAAUUAGGCAUACAACCAAGUAUCUCACCCCUACUCUCCUAGUGCAAUGGUUUUUUAUCGCUCAUUGCCGUUGUUUUAACAGAAACCAGGAAAUGAAGUAAACUACGGCUAGUGCGCCAUAUAGGCAAUGAGAGCACUGCAUAGAACGAAAGUCUGCUCAAACUAAUUGAGGUAUAUUUUUGAUAACAAAAGUUAGCCGCGAUAAAGGAAGUAAUUUGAAGAAUGCUUGCGGUGUAGGAACGAAGAGCUGUCUAUAAAAGGGCUUUUGGCAAUAGUCCUGGUGUGACUGUCUAGUUUUAGUGUAGUAAGAAUCCAUAUAGUGCUUAAGUGGUUCUAACAGUCUCAAUGUAGUAUAAGGUUACAAUAAAUAUUCUUUGAAAUGAUA